AAAACUCAAACACACAAAAGUGAGGUCUUGAGAGCUUCUUAUUCUUCACACACUAAACACACACUUAAAAGUUUUCUUUUUUUAUUUUGUGCUGAUUUUUAUAAAGUUUUUAAAAAAUCCCCCCCCUUCUUAUAAUCCCCGCUUCUGUGUAUCCCUUUCUGUAAUCAUCUGGUCUUUCAACUACAAAAAAAAAAUAUAAAUGUUUUGGGUUUGUUUUUGUUGAUUUUCAAGAUUAUUAUUAAUUAAUGAACAAAAAAGCAAACUUGAUUUAAUUUUUUUUAAAAGAGAGUCUGGUGUUUUCAGAAUAGAGAUCCAUCUUUUUAAAUUGGGUUCUAUUUCUUCUUCAAAAUCACCUUUUUAGGGAUUGUUUUUGUUCCCUAUAGGUUGGUUUUUUUAUUUUUAUUUUUAUUGGAAAUUGGGUUUUUAAUUUUUAUUUAAAAAAACCCAUCUUGAUUUUCCUGGUAUUUUUCACCCUAGAAAAUCAUCUUUUUUUUUAUUUAUUUGUUUUCUUUUUGAAUAUUUUAUAAAAAAAAUUAAAAAAAAAUUAAUGGCUUCAGCUGCUAUGAAUUUCUGGAAUGACAAUGAGUUUCAAUUUCAGCCUGGUGGUGAAUUAAUGGAUGCACUUGAACCUUUUAUCAAAAGUGCUCCAAUUGACUCGUCAAAUUACCAAAAUACCCUCCCUUUUUCUUCUCCCCCUACUUCUUAUCCAUACCCUUCUUCGUCUUUUGACUCUUUUAUUCCUUCUUCUUCUGACUACAUCUUCUCUACCAUUCAAGAAUCCGGGUUGUACCCGGGUUACUCUCUCCCAGACCAAUCCGGGUACAAUCAACCCGGAUCUUCUCUCGGGUUGACCCAAUUCAACCCGACCCACCAGUUUCAAAACCAAAUGGAAGUACAAUCACAAUCCCAAUUCCCAACACAAACCCAAUGGCCACAAAAUCACUUUAACUUCACACCUUCGGACCCGGUUAUUACAACCGGGUCACCACCCAAACCCGCAAAGCUUUAUAGAGGAGUAAGACAAAGACACUGGGGUAAAUGGGUCGCGGAGAUCCGUUUACCCAAGAGUCGAACCCGGCUUUGGCUGGGUACAUUCGACUCAGCCGAAGAAGCCGCUCUGGCUUACGACAAAGCCGCGUACAAGCUCCGUGGAGACUACGCGCGGCUCAACUUCCCAAACCUCCGUCAUAACGGCGGCUCGGAGUUAGCCGACUUCAAGCCGUUACAUUCUUCAGUUGUUGCUAAGUUACAAACCAUUUGUCAGUGUUUGGCUGAAGGAAAGUCUGUUGACGGCUGUAAAAAGUCUGGUCAACGGCGGUCAAAGGCGAAGAUGGCGGCGGCGGCGCCAGAGGUUGUUAAGGUGGAAGAGGACAAUGGCGGGUGGUCGGAAGGGUACGGUGGAUCGGGAAACUCAUCGCCGUCUUCGGAUCUGACGUUUUUGGAGUUUACCGAAGACGACAAUGGCGGGUGGACGGAUAAUUUCUCAUUGGAGAAACAUCCGUCCUACGAGAUUGAUUGGGGUUCAAUCUAGUGGAUUGCGCGUAUGAUAAGAGUAUUUAGAAGUAUGUUAGUUUUUCGGUAGGAAAUAAAAUUACAUAAGGGUAUUAUUGUAAUUUUGUAGGAUAAUUAUGAGUUUAUUUUGUAAUUUAGGGAAGAUGGGGGAUGCCUGUGAUGGAAUUUUUGGCAAUUGCAGUGCUCACCACUUCAGUUUUUAGUGGGUAGUUUGGUAAAUUUGUAUUUCUUUUUUAGUUUUGGACUUUGGGAUAAUUUAUUAAAUUCCGUUUAUGUCCUUUUUAUAGUA